GACACGGGCCGCCGCUACGGGCUGCUCAACGGCGACCUGAACCCCAUCCACCUCUACCCCGCCACCUCGCGACUGUUCGGCUUCAAGCGGCCCAUCGCGCACGCGCUGUUCCUGACGGGCGCCGCGGAGGCCGCACUGCGCAAUGCGGGCCUGCAGCUGCGCUACCCCUGCGUCCUCUCCGCCGACUUCAAGCGCCCCACGCUGCUACCCGCCACCCUGCACUGCGCCUGGAUCACACCCGCCGCCACCCCCGCACCGGGAGAGGGGGCAGCCGCGGGGGGUGCUGCGGGCUUCGACCCCGCCGCUGCUCUGGCCUCCCCCGAGGGCGCUGGCUUCGUGGUUCUUACGGAGGACCGGUGCAAGGAGGUGCUGGUGGGGGCGGUGAGCUGCCACGCAGACAGGGUGAAGGCGGAGAUGGGGGGCGGCGGCGGCAGCAGCGAGUGAUGGAGAGAAGAGGAGGGAAGGGAGAAGUUGGGGGCUGACUGCGUUCCAGAGCUGGCAGCAGGUGUGCUGAGUGGGGCGGGUGUGCGUGGGCCUUGGCGGAGUGAGGUAGAUGUACGGCGGAGGUGGAGGCGGGUAGCAGGCUGCUGGUUGGUGAUGAGUAGGGAGUAGGUAGGACGGGUGGGAGGGAUGCGGCUAGACGUGGUUGCAAGGGUUGAAUUGAAGGGCUAUUCCUGGCUGGAUGGCUUACUGCAUGGAGUAGACGUGUGCUGGAGUUGGCUUGCUGCUCUUGUUGUUUGGAGAUUGUUGUGGAUUGCUGGCUGGGAAACGUUGUCCCAGUUGUUGUUUGUGCUGUUGGGAGAAUGAAGGAAAACGGGUGUACGUACAGAGCCUUCAUUGCUAGUUAGGGUUAUCGUCGUUGGGGCAAGUUGAUGCAAGUGCGUUGUGUUUGCUGCGCUGGUUUGUUGACUUGUUGGCGCCCUUCAGUGUGUCAUCAGUGUCUCACGAAGUGUCUCACAAAGGGAACAAGCUGCCUCCUGCCAGAGAGGUGCCAUGUGGGCCCGGUGCCUGAACAGGAGAUGCACGACACGUGUACGGCGCUUGCUGGAGGCAGACGGACGGACCAAGGUGUCCGCAACGGGGUGGCUCCUCCUCUUAUGUUGCAAGCGCAUCAUCAUCGUCAUUAUCAUCAUCAUCAUCAUCACGGCAGGGCGAUGUACUUCCUUUGGGUGUUAAGCAUGGGAUGGUCCUCAGUUAGUUUGUGGUCAAACGGUUGUCGUUCCCGCUGUUGUUCUCGUUGUACAACCGUUGUUGCGGUUGAAGAUUAGGGCCUUUAAUUGUUUACGGAUGCGGGGCAGUUAGGUUGUUGGUACUGCCGCCUUUGUACAGUUGCAGGUUGUACAGCAUACGGUCUCCUUAUGACGACCAGAUGAUGUGUCAGAAGAGCUGGAAAGAUGGAUGACAAUUGCACAUCCUUUGUGUGUUGGCAGGUUGCGAGGUUGCGAGGCCUACACGACUGGUGUCCGAAGGGGGAGGACUAGCAUUGCAAUGUCCCAACAAGGGGCUACGGGACGUCGUCUAUCUGGUUGGCAUGUCUUCUUCUUAGCUGUUGUGACGAGGGUUGUCAAGUACACGUGUUAGAGGCCAGGUUGCAAUAGGAUCAGCGCAGGCGGGCCACGUGUAAGCACCGUCGUUGUU